AUGGACGUUGCCGCUUUAAACAAUCCAGACGAAGUUAGCAAAAUUUCAGAAUAUCUCCAAUACAUUGGGUUGUCUGACAACCCCGUUUUUGCGUCCUUGUCCUCGGUUAAAAGCUCGCCGUUGAGCAACUGGGGUCAAGACGCCCCACCUGGGGGCGAGGGCUCUUGUUUGGUGCAACAAAACGGGGCCCUUUACAACGCUUCCUGCGACCAAAAGGCCUAUUUUGCGUGUGAAGAGAGGCCCCUUCCAAAUGGAGUUACUACAACAAUAGGCCCAGCGACUUCAUUGGAGGAUGCUGUACUGAAUUUUGUCGGUGGAAAAAACAUUUUGGUUCCGAGCCAGAAGGCAACCGUCCCUGAGGCGAAAAGCGUGUGCGCUAAUCAAGGCCUCGAGCUCAUGUCCCUCGACUCAAUGGCUCAAAUGGAUUCAGUCAAGGACUUCCUCGGAGAUAUUGGAUUAUCAACAAGCACGGUUUUGACGUCGCUGAAAAAAGUUACCGACGGAGGUUCAAACUGGUUGGGCGAUUUGGCCUCGGCUUUCAUGCCCCAAAAGGACCCGGCCAAAGACGGCGACUGCAUGGGUCUCAAUUCUUUGGGCAUCACAGGAAUUUCCUGCGACACGGUCUCUAAUUUUGUGUGCCAGGCGCCGGAACCCAAGAGCACAAAGGCACCAUCUCCAUCCUUGAACGAUUUAUUCAGCGCAUUUAUGCCAACUGAAAAAGCAAAGCCAAUAGAGCUAGGAGGUCAAGAAUACAUUUUACCCGCUGAAAAGGCCACAUAUGAAGAUGCUAAAAAAUUGUGCGAGUCACGACAGAUGGAUCUUCUUUCCAUUCAAACAAAAACAGAAAGCAACUUAAUUAGCUCUUUUCUCAAUUCAAAAGGUGUUGGUGCAAGUCCUAUUUUGACGAGUUUGCAGUCAAUGGACGGAGGCUCUUUUUCGUGGGACGGAAAUACUAAAGCCGAUGGCCUAAAAUGGGCCAAGAAUCAGCCAAGCAAAGGGGACUGCGCCACUCUUUCCGGUUCAACUCUGAAAACCGUGUCAUGUGAGGCGAAAAGCAAUUUCAUGUGCGAGGCAAAACCAGCAGAUUCCUCCACCGAGGCCGCGUCAAUUAGUGAAGAAACGAAUGCAGCAACGGACUCCCAAAAUGAUUUAACAGAGAUUCAAUCAACAAAAACCAAUCUUAAAAGCAGUGCCCAACAGACAAGUGCGGCUGCGACUCAAUCUGAAACUCUCACGUCGACCUUUGCCAGCUCAGAGACAACAAGCACCUCAACCACCAGCACUACUGUAUCCUCAUCAGCUUCAACCAACGAUGGCAGCGAUUCAACAACCUCUGCCUUAUUAUCUUCUUCUCCAACUUCAACUACAGAAACUUCAACUACAGAAACUUCAACUCCAUUAGCUGUAACUACACUAACUUCUACAACAUCAGGUGCGGCAACUUCAUCUGCAGAAACUUCAACUAUAACCACCACAACUUCUCCUCCUAUUAUUUCAAUCAAGCCUGCUGCAGCCCAAUACAAAUUUGGACAAAAAAUAACUUACUUUUCGAAUGAGACGGCAACAUAUGAUGAAGCGACUGACAAGUGCAAUGAAUUGGGAGCUCAACUGAUGAUCGCCGAGUGCUAUUCGGAAUAUAAUAAAUUUAGAAACUUUGCGGCUGCUUCACCAGACAGAGAGAAUGCGUCCUAUUUUAUUGCUCUGAAGAACGUCAGCAACAAUUGGACAAACCCCAGUGGAGCGUUUCACUUUCCACCGAAUCCAAUUAAUCCAGCGUCAGGUGGCGAUUGCGUCGUCGCUCGAAAUAACUCUUGGUUCUUGGCACCUUGUGAUCAGAAGCACUAUUACGCUUGUGAAACACAGGCAAAUUACACGGAAGUGGUUUACUCCAAGUAUGGUCGGUACUUUGUGAUGCGAAAUUUGGAUGUUUGCUUAAGCGAGGCGAACGUUAGAUGCACGGAAAUUAAUGCCAACGCCUCAGUGGUCUUAAUCGACUGGCCGUUUGAACAUUCCAAAGAGGUGCUCACCCUGCUCACAUCCUUGAAAUUGCGUAAAACCCCGGUGUACAUGAACGCGGUGAGCAUAAACGCAUCAAAAUGGAUCGAGAACAACAGUGACCAGGUAACCUGGAUGUCUGGCUAUCCAAACAUGACCAAUGGGACGUGCAUUGGUGCUUUAGAAGGACAACUGGUCUCUGUUGACUGCGGAUCUCCACGACCCUUUGUUUGUGAAAUUCCCAAUCCACCCAUAUCAGUUCAAACGUACUAUUUAGGAGAUAGGAUGGUCUACAUGUCAAAUGAAACAGCAACAUAUGACGAAGCGACGGCAAAGUGCGGAGCGAUGGGUAUGAACUUUUUCAUUGCAGAGUGCUCAAGGGAGUAUCAAAAGCUCAACGACACCAUAAAUCCUUCGCAAGAUCUGUUGAAUGCAUCAUAUUUGAUUGCUUUGAAAAUGGUCAAUGGCACCCUUCGAAAUCCUAGCGGAACAAUACACGAUCCCCCGCCAGGCUCUAUUUCUUCCUCACCUUCAGGUGGCGAUUGCGUUAUGACGCAAAACGGGUCUUGGUUCUUCACUCCGUGCACUCAAAAGAACUAUUUUGUUUGCGAAGAAAAGCCAAAUUACACAGAUGUGGUUUAUUCAAGUUCUGGACAGUAUUUCGUCAUCAGAAACUUAGAGGGUAACUGCAGGGCAGAUUCUAUGCAGCAUUGCGCGCAAAUAGUUCCAAACGCCUGGUUACCCUUGAUUGACUACCCUUUUAAGCAUGCCGGAGAGAUCAACACUUUGCUGAAGAGUCUACAUAUGCAAAAUUCUGUCGUACUCAUGAACAGACAAGGCUUGAAUACGUCAGCGUGGCUCUAUAAUUCGAACAACACCAACUUGACCGUGUGGAACGCAGGCCAUCCGAACAUGUCCCACGGAUACUGUGUUGCUGGUCAACACGGAAAGUUGAUCAGUGUUAAUUGCGCAGUCAAAAUGCCCUUUGUUUGCGAAAUUCCUCGAGCACGCAGACUUGAUUCGUAUGUGAAGUGUCUAGUUGCUGGCUGGACAUGCCAUAUAUCAGCGUAUCCGAUACCAUAUGAUUAUGCUAAUACGUGGUGCGAUACACAAGAUGAUGGUUUUAACCCCUUUGCUGGUUUUGGCGACUUUGACGCCACCAUAAUUCAACUCCGGAAUUCCACAGCCCAAGCAAGAUUAGGGUAUCCCGGAACAUUGGCUAUAGCAGCGAGGAAAAUCAACGGAACUUGGAAAUGGCGAAAUGGAGCAACAGUCAAUUACACUUUGCUCAACUGGAAUGCAACGCCGACAACUCCUGGCGACUGUGCAGGAAUCGACGCCAAUUAUUCCUACGCUGUCACUUUUAAUUGUUCAGAGUCUAAAAGAGUCUUUUGUAUUUAAAAACUUGUAACACUUAUUAUAUGUGUUAAUGCGUACA